UGCAGACACGUCCGACCCUUUUUCUUUGCUGUGGUGGUUGAAUCGAAGAGCUGACGGCGGCAGUCAGCCCUCAAGAGGUUUUCCUCCAGCGCAAGCGGGCCGACAGUUACAGGUACAUACGCGCAGACGGACAAACCUGGAGAUCGUAGGUGCCCUUGUUGUCCUGUAGAUGUUGCCGUCUCUACAGUUACCUCUUGAUAUACAUUUAGCACGUACGUAUCACCGAAGAGGCAGAACACAGUGUGGCGUCUCUCUCGCAGCAGGAGAGGUCGCUCGACUUCCGUGUCAAGACCAGAGAAAUGAUUCCCUCAGAUUGUUCGGCGUCCCGUUACCGAGCCACCCGUUCUGCCACAGCAGGGUAGAUGAAAUUUAGGCUUUUGGUCUCUUUCUAGGAGAGAAAAGUCCUCGGCCAGAUCGAGAAACCUGGCGAGAGGAGGCUUUUGAAGAAGGGUCUCCCGGGUUUCCACGGCAGUCUCUGCCCGACGAACUCGAGCAGUCUGGCACAUGCAUUUUUCUCCCGACUGUUCGCGGCGCUUGCCUCAUUCGUAGAAAACUCCCAAGAGGAAAGGAAGGAGAGACACCGCUCCCCACAAAAUAAUUUCGCACCUCAGAAAUGACCAUUUUGUCGGUUUUUCCACGGAAAACGUGGGGAAAGCCACUGGAUUUUUCACCAGGUUUGAUGGUCUCGACAUCUCUCAGCCUUUUUUUUUUCGGGCCAAACCACGAGACGUACCCGCAUUUACAUCAAGGUCUUCGUGUGAACUGUCGCACAUUGAGGUAGAGCUGCGCGCCACGUAUGACAUUUCUUUCUGCGAUUCGCCCGUCUUUUCCCCCUCCAGACUUUGUGUCUCUCUCUAGUUGUUCCUCCUCGCCUCUACUUCACCUCGACGGGGGUCUGUACAUGCACAUGCAUCUGAGGCUCCACGACCUUCCGCUGCGUUGUCUCUUCCUCUGUGUUUUCUGAACACGAAGAGGAAGCAGGUUCUGGACGUUCGGAAGGUCAAAGUACAUUCUUCCCGCGAAACUGGUUCCGCGACUCGAAUCUGUCAGCGUCCUGAGAGUCAGGAGCUUCACAAGAGAAGCCUCGGAGCACACCGUCUUCGACUGCUGUCGCACACCCGACACACAAGACGAAGUCAGCCGGCAGUCUAUAAAUCUACGUGUAUUUUCCGGGAACAGAUUGCAAUUUAUCGACGUCUUCUCAAUGGGUCAUGCGGGAAGUGGAAACAACUUCUCUUCCACAGAGUCAUUUGCGUGACACAAUGGCGUACCCGCAGCUGAAACAAAAGAGCCGACAGCGAGCCAGAGGCUGACCAAGCCUCAAGGUUGAUGAACCCAACUGCGACCUUCUCCCCGUCUCGCGCGUUCUUUUCUCGUCAGAUGGGCAGCGUCGGGAGUGGCUCUUUCCUGUUCUUCAUGCCGCCAUCUCGCCUUGUGUCUGAUCGGACCUUUCUCCCCAAGAACAUGCGGUCCACACCGCGCUUGCUUAGGAGAGUGCACCCCAGUCGUCGCCUCUCCUACGAUCCAUCGGUGGCUACCGGAGGCGUCCAUCUCUCUUUUUUUUUCGAAGACAACAGACAUGCUUUCGCCUCUUCGAGUGCCGUCCUCGCUCAGGGUCACAUUUCUCCCAUCCUUGCAACACCGUCCGACGCACGCAGAAGACUGGAAAGCCGCGAAUACCCUACAUCAACCUUUGUUUCGUCCACGACUUCUGCGAGAAGUCCCGCGGCUACACCCUCUUCGCGUCCACCCUGGGCAACUCUCUACUCGCGAGAGGCUGCCUCACGUCACCGGCUUCCUCUGAGGCAUGUCCCUCUUCAGACGCAACUCCGCUCUUUCUCGCCUUAUAGACGGAGAACGACUCGCACAGAUCCGCUCACCCGCUUUCCGCUCACCCGCCUGGGGACUCGCGUUUCACGUCCUCCUCUUCCGCGUCCCCAGGCGCAGAACUGGCCGAGACGGAGAGGACGCGAGCAGCAAGGAGGCUCGGGAAGGGCAGCGCACCCGUCUCCUGGACGUACACUCGGGUCAUUUGGGGAUCUUGCAGGAGUCGCCUGUGGUUUUCAGACGCCUCUGACCGCGACCAAAAGAGGCAAUGGAAGCACUGCAUCUUGCGUCCCAUCUUUAGGCACCAGUGUCUCGCGGCGCUUCGUGGCAGCAGCGCCUCGCGCUUCUCAGAGGAUAGGGACGCAUCAGGCGAAAGGCUAUGUCGAUGGCCAUGGAGAUAAGGGGAAGGACGGUCUGUCCUCUUCACGCAGGUGGGAGAGUCGCCGGCAUAAAACAGAACAAAAAACGUCUUCCGAUUCCUCUUCUUCCUCUUCUGCUUCACCUGUUUCCCCGCCUUCCAGGACGUCAGGUGUCUCCAUCGACUCUCCUGCCUCGGAGAAGGGCCAUGGCGCUUCCGCGUCGUCGUCUGAGUCCGCGCCUCUCUCUUCCACCGUCGCUGCUUCCCAGACUUCCCCGUCUUCGUCUUGGCAAAACUUUGCGUGGUUAGCUGACGAAGAUGUCUCACGCUCUAGGUUCGGUCGUCGCGUGAGUGGCAACUCCUCGCUAUCAUCCAACAGUCCGGGUGCCGAUUCAUCUCGCUUGAAUCUUGCCGACGGACUAUCUUCUUCAACCUGUCGAGCCGCGCGACCUGACCGUUCUGCUCAUGAACCUCCCGCGCCUCCUUUGGACUCUCUUUCGCCAUCUGCGUCUCUGUCCGCUGUUUGUCGUUCGUCGUCGUAUUCGUCUUCUUCUCCAUCUUCUUCGUCUGCGCCUUCUUCGUCUGCGCCUUCGUCGUCUGCGCCUUCGUCGUCUGCGGCUUCGUCGUCUGCGGCUUCUCUGGCGUCCACGGAUUCGAGUUUGAGCCGCGACCCUCAGUCUCCUCCUCUGCUUCAGAGGCUGCACUUCGCACCGCUGGAUGCGCGAAAAAGAAGCGGCACUCAACGGGCAGGCACCGAGCGUCUCGCAGGCGGUGGCACCCUUCCUGGGAGGCGAGAGCAGAAACGGCGGAGCGUGUCUGCGAGGAGAAACAGGAAGGACGAGACACCUGUGGAAGGCAGGCAAGGUCGCGGACAAGGAAACAAGCUGGACGAAGAAGGGAUAUCCAAAUGGAGAGGAGGAAAGCCGGAAGAGGCCCGGGCGCUGCAGAGAGAGAGAUGGAUUCGCGAUCUGCUCCUUAGUCGCCCCUCAGAGAGUCGGACGGCGGUCCAGCAAGAGCUGCUUGCGCUGCUUCUCCAUCGCGAGAAGCUGAGAACGCGAGAGAAAGAAAACGCAGACCGGCGUCGACUUAAGGAUCGCAGGGUCAGUCCACACUCUAAGGCGAACCAUACACCGUUUGUUUUCCAAAAUCUACGACGCAACUCUUUCCUCGCACCCCCGCUACUUCACGGAUCCAGGGGACUGUCGCUUCUCUUCAAUGCUCUUCGGGCAUCUCCUUCUUCCUCCGCUUCAUCUGUCUCUGCUUCUUCUUCCUGGAGAUCGUCUUGGACUUCUGAGAAGAGCCAGCAGGGAGGCGACGGAGAGCAGAAGGCGUCCGGAGUCGCCGCGGAGCCGCCCGUCAGCGUCAGGGACAUGGGGGACAGUCACAAAGGCCCCGAGGAUACAGCGACGGCGCACGCAAAGGCUCAAAUUGCCCACGAGGUGCUCCGAGAUCUGCUUUACCAUCUACCACACUUCUCGACCAGUCACAUCGUCACAGUGCUUCGACUGGUGUCUGCUUCUCUUCCUGGUUCUUGGCUCGCCUUCCGCCCAGCGGCGCCUUCCCAGGCGCCUCUUUCGACUGCUGAAGCAUUUCUCAGCGACCCUCUGGACUUUGCCUGCAUGCCCCUGGGAGAGUUGCGUCUCGAGCUUCUCGCGGUGCUUUCCCGGUGCGUCUCUCUGUCUUGGCUUGCACGCUUCUCCGGCGAUGAGUUUAUCGGCCUCUUGGCCUUCACGCAGGUCGUCGCGGCUCCCUCGUCUUCGCCGCUGUCUCCUCGCGCCGGCGUAGGUGCCCGCGGCGGAGGGCGGCCGGACGACGGAGACACUUCGGACGAGGCGGUGAGGGGGCAUGGAGACACGGGGGGACGAAGGCGCGUGGAAUCGAGGCCGGAAGCAGAGCAGGAGCCUUGCCUCUCUCGACAGCGAGGAAGCAGUCCAGGAGAAGAAGAGUGGGGGACGGAGCGAACGCGGGGCCGACCGUCUACUGAAAUGAGGAGAAACACAACGAGGACGUCGACGUUUGGCUGUAGACGCGAUGAAGAGAGUGCGAUGAAGCAGCGACUCCGAGAGAGUCCAGACUUCUUUGCCCUCCUUCAACGCCUCUCUGUUGCUCUGCCGUCGAAGAUAGCCUCCUUCUCAUCGCUCCCCGAACUUGCCGUUGUCGCCCAGAAUCUAAGUCGUCUUCAGGCUCUUGACGCCCUCACUCUGCUUUCCCUGGGCGACCGGGCCGGUCACCUUCUGUAUGCGCGGAGAGUGGGGACACAGAGACAGCCAACAUUCGCUGCAGACUCACCAGGUGACUCGUCAGGUUCUCCAUGUGAUGAAGCCACUGGAUCUGCAGUUGCCGAGCCUCCCUGGGUGGCGAAAGAGUCUCUGCUGAAGAAUCGCGGCGAAGGCGAGCGAGACAAACAGACAGGAGGAGAAACAGAAGGAGACGAUGAUUCAGCUGCUUCGCUGGACUGUCUGCUCAAAGACGUCAAAAGCGCGGCUGUCCUAUGCAAACUUAUGGGGAAGCUGGGGUCGGUUUCUCCGCGGUUUCAGCGGGAGCUGUUCCUUUGGGUCGCCACCCUUCCAGGCCGUUUUUCGGAGGCAGGUGGGGACGCGAAAACGCAUGAGUCCCCUUCGCGCUUCCAACAGGAGAAACUUCGCCAAAACGAGUGGACGGUCGCCUCUGCUCCAGAGCCUGUACAUGUUCACGCGAGCGCGUUCUUCCGACACUCUGCUGCGUUCUUGCCGGCUUUUUCGUCGUGCCUAGUGCACAGCCUCUGCGCGGAGAGGUCACCGACGCGAGGAGCGAAGUUGACAGAGGGCGUCUAUCAACCUUCUGACCGAGCACGGAUGCAGGCGAAGACAGAGACAGGUGACUACUCCACAUGCAUGUCGGGGCGCUGGAGCUCUGAGGAGGCUGAGGCCAGCGGGGAAGCCAUUGUGGGCAGGCCAGCGAGAGAGGCCUUCCUCCGUCUUGUCAGUUGCGGCCUCCCGUACCUUGAUUCUCCCGCGCAAGUCGUAGGAGUCCUCCGAGCCUUGGCCCGAGUGGCUCGGAUAGAGGCCUUGAAGGACCCCCUGCAGGAGAAGGCAAGAAUCGCCCAAGGUGAGGAGCGACAAAGGCAGGACGCGCCCACCCAACGCGGCAACGAGAGGGAUGGCACACGAGAUUUAGAAAAUCUUUCGGCGUCCCCCUCGCGUUCUUUUGAGGCUGCAGGUACGACAGUGUCGCUGCAGUCUGGUUGCCGGCCUAACAGCGUUGUGACCGUCGUGCAAAAGACCCAACUGAAGGCGCUGCUUCACCUGCGUUCGCUGCUGCUCACUGGAACCUCUGACUCCGACCUGCGUUCGGUUCUGUCGCCUUGUCCUCUACUCUCUGCAUACGCGCAAAGUAUUGAGGCGGCCCUGGAAGACCUUGAAGCCGCCGCGGGGACUUCGACCCGAGAGGGCGGAAACAAGCCGAUACGCCUUGCAGUUCGAGCUCCCGAUCUCUCGCUUCUACGACCUCUUCUUCUGGCGCUCUGCGAGACUGCAGAAGCGACGCGCGAGACAUACGCGCGAGUGACUCUCGGGGGAACUGCAGAGACCGGAAGAACGUUUCACGACGAAUCAAAGGCUGCACUCGAAAGAGAAGGAAAAGGAAGUGAGACAUACGCCGAAAACCUAGCGACAGCGGCACAAGAGAGGGAGACUCGCGCCGACUACUUCGAGAAGGCGCGGCUCGCUGGGAAGGCCGACGACCCUCCGGCUUCUGACCAGUCGUUCAGUGGAGACAUUUCCUUCCUUAUUGCUCUCUUGCUUUACCAGGUUUUUGUGGUGUCUCCGUUUCCGCGUCAAAUACAAGGAGCACAUACAUCGCUGCUUCCCUGGCUUCGCGCGCGACCACAGGACCUUCAGUGGAGUUUCCCCCUGGCGCUCCGCUGCGUGGCGGGUGCUUUGUCUCUCGUCGAGGUUUCUCAGGCACAGCAGGCGAGUCUUGCAUCGUCUCGGUGUUUCAGUCUCGAUGAAACUAAAGGUGGAGGAGCGACUCGUACCCCACACUCGACACCGGAAAGGACGGAAGCACACAGAGGUCUCAACAGCAGGCAGGAGGUGUCUCCGAAUCCCGCGUUGACCUCGGGAGCUCGUUUUUGGGCUUCCCGUGUAUGGCUUCUGUCAGCCAUAGACAUCGUUCUCGAUCCGUCUCUUUCUUCACUCUUUCUUCUUCGUUUCCGGGAUUCUCACCCCUCUCGCCAGACCACAGGCCAGACUGCGACUUUGCUUCUGUCGCUUCUGCGAUCCCGCCAAGACGUUUCUGCCUCGCCUUGUGAACCAAGCGUCUCUGAGGCUCAGUCGCAGACGCGCCAGAAGGCCUCCACCCCGCAGGCGCAUGCAGCGAGGCCAGAUGGCCUCGAAACAUUAAAUGAAGAAACAUUGAGUGAAGACAGAGAAGAGAGGAGGCGAGCAGCUGAGACAGAGUUUGACCGCCUGGUGACUCAGGUGUGCAGUAGACUCGCGAGCCUGGCCACAGCUCUGCGAACUUGAGAGCUCAAGGGAAGAACAUGACAGAGUGACCCGCAGGACAUGCGUUUCGAGUUUGGGCUCUAAAUCGUGUCACCGGCUUUCUCUAGAACAUGUGAGAGUGUUGGCUGAUUUUCCUGAUUUCUGGCGUUGCUUUCGAUGUGGAAGUUUUCGUUCUGUUGCUGCAUAAAUCGCAUUCACGCAGCUUCUCUCAUGGUUCUGGACGGCUCGUUCUUUGUUCCAAUUGCGGCUUCUCUUGCCUUCUUUCUCGCUGGGUUUCCUUCACUGGUGGACCCCGCGCAGCGAGGCUUCCGCUGGCUCUCCUAAGCCUCUUUCCUAGGUUCAUUUUCUCUCUUGGCGGUUCGCACUUUGGCAUCGCUUCGCAACUUUGAACUUUGUUUGUCGCCUCAACGGCUCUGGGCGACAUCGUGUCUCAAACAGGCCAGUGCCCUGCCUGGCCCUUUGCAUGCAAACGAAUCCACCUGCAGUGAACCUUGCGGAGGCUGCGGCCGGUUCGUCCCCCCAUCGCGGAUGAAAAAGCGAGUAGCUGGAGCUCACAGAAACGAUAAACCACACGUUUGCUGCCGGCAGAACCAGCAUCCAGGAGCGUCCGAGUUGCUCGUUUAUACGCGUUCAGCUUUUCACACAUACAUUCCAUACGCAUGUCCACUCAUG